AUCCUUGUGCAGAUUCGAAUCUACGCAUUCCCCACUGGACGUUUACGGGUGAUACCAUGGUAACCAAAGAGAAGAUACGUCUGACCAAAGAUGCGCCCAGUAAAAGUGGCAUGCUAUGGAAUACAGCGGGGCUCGAGAGUGCGAACUGGAUUAUUGAAUUCGAGUUCGCGGUGGACGGAGAAUCGAGUCGUCUGUACGGAGAUGGCUUUGUGUUUUGGCUCACAAAGGAUUUUGCCAAAGAAGGCAAUGUUUUUGGGGCGGCAGAUAAGUUCACUGGACUGGCCAUUUUCUUCGACACAUACAACAACCACCAAGGAGAACACAACCACGCGCAUCCAUACAUUAGCGCCAUGAUGAACGACGGUUCCAAAUCAUACGACCACGAUGCUGAUGGCACGCACACAGAAAUGGCAGGAUGCCAAGCCAAUUUCCGGGCCAAAAAGCACCCCACAAGGGCACGCCUGUCCUAUUUGGAUCACACAUUGUCUCUGGAUUUGGAUUACUUAGGCCGAAAUGAAUACCAGAGAUGUUUCAGCGAACCUCAAGUGCAGAUACCUACCGGAUACCAUAUCGGGUUCAGUGCGGUCACAGGUGCAUUGCACGAUAACCACGAUAUCUUGAGCGUUAUAACAAAGAUCAUAUCAGUCACCAACCCCCCCCGACAAGAUGAUAUUGCGGACAGACACAAUGUGAAGCCAGCAACCGCUCGAACAAUCGAAGAUAGACCUCAUGUCGCGUCCAAACCCGUGCAGUCCACUACCAGCAAGGUCAUGUGGACAGGAUUCGAGGUGGGUCUCUUUGUGCAGAUUGGGGCUGUGAUCAAAUAUUUAAUGUAUAAGAUCGUGUUUAUUCUGGUCAUCGGCUUGAGCGUUUUGGGCGGACUCAUCUACUACGCGAGAAUGAAGAACAAUGAGAAGAUGAUGAAGCGCUUCUGA